AUGUCGGGAGCCACUAACGUCCGAGUUUUAGCUGGAAGGGGCUACGGCUACCGCGCUGGUGUCAAGAGACGUCAGCGGAACCUUGGCGAAGCUCAACGGGACGUUCAGCUGGCCGAGCAAAACAUUCGCGCGUGUCACACGAGCCUUGAUGCGAGCUUCAUUGCUUACGAGAGAGCGAACGUGUUGUUAGAUUUCAUCGGCCGCCUGUCUCAGCGGAGCCCUAAACAAGUCGAGGAGGCUUUACGUAAUUUCGAAAAGUGUAUCGAUGUUUGUUUGAGCGUUGAAAUGCAAGAUGAGGAAUUGUAUGUGAAGAAACAUCACUUUGCUUUCAUAAAAUCUGCAAUGCUUUUGCUCGAUUGCCGCACAGAAGCCGCGCGUGAACGCGUUCUGAGCGAAGAGUUCAUCGCAAAAGGCGAGAGGUGUCUAAAGACGCUAGAAACCAAAUACUGGUCAAAGAUCGCAGAAGGAGUAAAAGUUCAGUUCUACCUGGCAAGCUCAGACUUAGAAUACCGAAAGAGAAACUAUCAAAAGGCUGAAAAUUUUGCCAGUUUAGCGAAGGACAGAGCUGUAUGUCUGGGUUUCAACACGGAAAUUUCCUUCGCACAAGAACGACUCGAUCACAUGCGUGUCGUCACGCGUGGAACUCAUAAUGCCAGGCCUUCGUGCGAGGCCAGUGGUGCGAGUGCUAGUGAGGGAGAAUAUGCCGAUGUCAGCUCCGAUAUUAGCUUAUCAGGUUCUGAAUCGGAUUGGCAAAAGAAUUUGAAGCCUACUGAUUAG